AUGCCUGUUGUUGUAGUGGCAGGUGGCCUUGGUGACAUGGGGAGUCUCAUCACCGAUGCGUUAGUGCAAACUGGCAAGCAUGAAGUCUAUGCUCCCCAGAAUGUCCUGCAGCGGACGUCGCCCAUCACUGGCAAACAAUACACACCGUUCAUCCAAACCGACUAUUCAUCGGAAAGCGAACUCGUCAACCAACUCACAGAACAUAAUACCCAAGUCGUAAUUUGCGCAUUCAGCCUGCACUACGACUCUGCCAGUGAUGCUCAGCUACGAUUGAUCCGCGCAGCAGACAGCGCGCCGAGCGUGAAACGCUUCCUCCCGUCCGAGUUCAACGUCGACUAUGACCUUGGCGACGAUGUCCUUCCCUACCCAGACAAGAGAUUCCACCUGGCUGCUCGCCGGGAACUGGAGAAGACAACCCUCGAGUUUUCAUACAUUUAUCCGGGCAUGUUCAUGGAUUACUUCGGAAUCCCCAAAGUGCAGACUCAUUUGAGGGAGCUGUGCUUCUUUAUUGAUCCUGAAAAUGGUGCUGCUGCAGUUCCCGGAGACGGUUCUGCCAAAAUGUCCAUGUCAUUCACUACAGAUGUAGCGAAAUAUGCUGCGCUGGCUCUGGAGUUGGAUACAUGGCCACGCGUCAUGACUACAGCAGCGAGCACCGUGAGUAUUAAUGAGCUCGUACGGCUGACAGAACAGUGCCUUGGGCGAAAGCUCGAUGUAAAGUAUCAGUCCAUCGAUGAUCUUCUAUCUCACAAGAACAUCAUUCUGCCACAGAAUGUAUCGAUUGCCGAGCGCUUUCCGCAUAGGUUUCCCCAAGGACUGCCACAAUUGAGGGGUUUGAUUGCGGACCUAGAAGCUGGAGUGGCUCUGGGAGCCUUUGACUUUGAGAAGUUGGAGAAUGGCUUGGAUCUUGUGGAGGAAUUUCGAGGUCGGACUUCGUCUCCCAGAACUAUCGAGAGCUUGCUUGAGGACGCAUGGAAAGCAUAG